AAGCUCUCGGUUGCCGUAAUUUUGAGCCGAUUUUUUUUUCGCAAUUUUUUAUUCUGCCUCAGCUGAUGUUUGCGCCAGCAUGUCGCGGAGGAAACAAGCGAAGCCGCAGCAUUUCCAAUCCCAGCCCGAGCUGGCCUCGAGGGCGCAGCGCAAUGGUGAGUCCUCAGCCCGGUCCGCCGAGCGGAUCCCCCCGGAUUCCCUUCCCCAGAUCCCUCCUCCGAUCCCUUGCCUCCCUGAGCCUUGUGUUGCAGGGAAAGAGAAGAAACUUACCUUGGGAAGGAGGGAGGGAGGGGACCGGAGAGGAAGAAAGAGAGAGAGAGAGAGGAGGCUGGAAAAGAAGAAGAAAGGGGGAAAGAGAAAGAGAAGGAGGAGAGAGAGUAAAGGAAGUGAGAGAGAGAGAGAGAAAGAAAGAAGGCUGGAAAAGAAGGGAAGAGGAUCAGCUGGACUUUUUGGAAGAAGAAGAAAGGGGGAAGGAGAAGGACGAGGAGAGAAAAGGAAAGAGAGAGAAAGAAAGAAAGAAAGCUGGAAAAGAAGGGAAGAGGAUCAGCUGGACUUUUUGGAAGAAGAAGAAAGGGGGAAGGAGAAGGACGAGGAGAGAGAAAAGGAAGUGAGAGAGAAGGAAAGAGAGAGAAAGAAAGAAAGAAAGCAAGCUGGAAAAGAAGGGAAGAGGAUCAGCUGGACUUUUUGGAAGAACAAGAAAGAGGGAAGGAGAAGGAGGAGGAGAGAGAAAAGGAAGUGAGAGAGAAGGAAAGAGAGAGAGAGAGAAAGAAAGAAGGCUGGAAAAGAAGGGAAGAGUAUCAGCUGGACUCUUUGGAAGAACAAGAAAGAGGGAAGGAGAAGGAGGAGGAGAGAGAAAAGGAAGUGAGAGAGAAGGAAAGAGAGAGAGAGAGAAAGAAAGAAGGCUGGAAAAGAAGGGAAGAGUAUCAGCUGGACUCUUUGGAAGAACAAGAAAGAGGGAAGGAGAAGGAGGAGGAGAGAGAAAAGGAAGUGAGAGAGAAGGAAAGAGAGAGAGAGAAAGAAAGAAGGCUGGAAAAGAAGGGAAGAGUAUCAGCUGGACUCUUUGGAAGAACAAGAAAGAGGGAAGGAGAAGGAGGAGGAGAGAGAAAAGGAAGUGAGAGAGAAGGAAAGAGAGAGAGAGAAAGAAAGAAGGCUGGAAAAGAAGGGAAGAGGAUCAGCUGGACUCUUUGGAAGAACAAGAAAGAGGGAAGGAGAAGGAGGAGGAGAGAGAAAAGGAAGUGAGAGAGAAGGAAAGAGAGAGAGAGAGAAAGAAAGAAGGCUGGAAAAGAAGGGAAGAGUAUCAGCUGGACUCUUUGGAAGAACAAGAAAGAGGGAAGGAGAAGGAGGAGGAGAGAGAAAAGGAAGUGAGAGAGAAGGAAAGAGAGAGAGAGAAAGAAAGAAGGCUGGAAAAGAAGGGAAGAGUAUCAGCUGGACUUUUUGGAAGAAGAAGAAAGAGGGAAGGAGAAGGACGAGGAGAGAGAAAAGGAAGUGAGAGAGAAGGAAAGAGAGAGAGAGAAAGAAAGAAAGAAAGCUGGAAAAGAAGGGAAGAGGAUCAGCUGGACUUUUUGGAAGAACAAGAAAGAGGGAAGGAGAAGGACGAGGAGAGAGAAAAGGAAGUGAGAGAGAAGGAAAGAGAGAGAGAGAGAGAAAGAAAGAAAGAAAGCUGGAAAAGAAGGGAAGAGGAUCAGCUGGAGUUUUUGGAAGAAGAAGAAAGAGGGAAGGAGAAAGAGAAGGAGAAGGAGGAGAGAGAGAAAAGUAAGGAAGCGGAUCAGCUGGAGUUUUGGAAGGGGAAGAAAGAGGGAAGGAGAAAGAAAAGUAGAAGGACGAGGAGAGAGAAAAGGAAGUGAGAGAGAAGGAAAGAGAGAGAGAAAGAAAGAAAGCUGGAAAAGAAGGGAAGAGGAUCAGCUGGAGUUUUUGGAAGAAGAAGAAAGGGGGAAGGAGAAAGAGAAGGAGGAGAGAGAGAAAAGGAAGUGAGAGAGAAGGAGAGAGAGAGAGAGAAAGAAAGGAGUUUUUGGAAGAAGAAAGAGGGAAGGAGAAAGAAAAGGAGAAGGAGGAGGAGAGAGAAAAGGAAGCGAGAGAGAAGGAAAGAGAGAAAGAGAAAGAGAGAAAGAAAGAGGAUCAGCUGGAGUUUUUGGAAGAAGAAGAAAGAGGGAAGGAGAAAGAGAAGGAGGAGAGAGAGAAAAGGAAGCGAGAGAGAAGGAGAGAGAGAGAAAGAAAGAAGGGAGUUUUUGGAAGAAGAAGAAGAAAGGGGAAAGGAGAAGGAGGAGAGGGAGAAAAGUAAGGAAGAGGAUCAGCUGGAGUUUUUGGAAGAAGAAGAAAUGAGGAAGGAGAAAGAGAAGGCGAAGGAGAGAGAAAAGGAAGCGAGAGAGAAGGAAAGAGAGAGAGAGAGAAAGAGAGAAAGCUGGAGUUUUUGAAGGAAGAAGAAAGAGGGAAGGAGAAAGAGAAGGAGGACAGAGAGAAAAGGAAGCGAGAGAGAAGGAAAGAGAGAGAGAAAGAAAGAAAGAAGGCUGGAAAAGAAAGGAAGAGGAUCAGCUGGAGUUUUUGGAAGAAGAAGAAAGAGGGAAGGAGAAGGAGGAGAGAGAGAAAAGUAAGAAAGCGGAUCAGCUGGAGUUUUGGAAGGGGAAGAAAGAAGGAGAAGGAGAGAUAGAGGGGGAAAGAGAGAGAAAGAAAGAGAGGAGGCUGGAAAAGAAGGGAAGGGGGUCAGAUGGAGUCUUGGAAAAGGAAGAAAGGGGGAAGGAGAAAGGGAAAGAGAGAGAGAGAGAGCAAGCUGGAAAAGAAGGGAAGAGAAUCAGCUGGAGUUUUGGAAGGGGAAGAAAGAGGGAAGGAGAAAGAGAAGGAGAAGGACGAGGAGAGAGAAAAUGAAGUGAGAAAGAAGGAGAGAGAGGGAGGGAGAGAGAGCGAAAGAAAGCUGGAAAAGAAGGGAAGAUGAUCAGCUGGAGUUUUGGAAGAAGAAAGGGGGGAGGGAGAAAAAGAGAAGAGGAAGAGAGAGAACAGAAAGGAAGUGGGUCAGCUGGAGUUUUGGAAGAAGAAGAAAAAGAAAGGAGGAAGAAAAGGAGGAGGAGGAGAGAAAAGGAAGUGAGAGAGAAGAAAGAAGGAAAGAGAGGAGGCUGGAAAAGAAGGGAAGGAGGUCAGAUGGAGUUUUUGGAAAAGAAGAAAGGGGGAAGGAGAAAGAGAAGAGGAAGAGAGAGAACAGAAAGGAAGUGGAUCAGAUGGAGUUUUGGAAGGGGAAGAAAGAGGGGAAGGAGAAAGAGAAAGGGAGGAAGGAAAGAAAGAAAGAAAGAAAGAAAGAAAGAAAGAAAGAAAGAAAGAAAGAAAGAAAGAAAGAAAGAAAGAGGAGGCUGGAAAAGAAGGGAAAAGGGUCAGCUGGAGUGUUGGAAGAGGAAGAAAGGGGGAAGGGAGGAAAAACAGACAAGGAAGAGAGAAUAGAAAGGAAGCGGAUCAGUUCGAGUUUUGAAGGAGGAAGAAAGGGGGAAGGAGAAAGAGAAGGAGGAGAGAGAAAAGUAAGGAAGCGGUUCAGCUGGAGUUUUGGAAGAGAAAAAAGGGGGAAGGAGAAAGCGAAAGAGAGAAGGAAAGAAAUAAAGAAGGAAGGAAGGAAAGAAAGAGAGAGGGCUGGAAAAGAAGGGAAGCGGAUCAGCUGGAGUUUUGGAAAAGGAAGAAAGGGGGAAGGAGAAAGCGAAAGAGAAGGAGGAGAGAGAAAAGAAUGGAAGUGAAUCAGCUGGAGUUUUGGAAGAAGGAGAAAGGGGGAAGGGGGAAAGAGAGAGAAGGAAGAGAGAGAGAAGAGAAAGGAAGCGGGUCAGCUGGAGUUUUUUCUGAAAGGGGAAAAGGGGGAAGGAGAAAGGAAAACAGGAGGAGAGAGAAGAGAAAGGAAGCGGAUCAGCUGGAGUUUUUGGAAGUGGAAAAAAGGGAAAGGAGAAAGCGAAAGGAAGAAGAAAAGAGAGAAGGCUGAAAAAGAAGGGAGGUUGGUCAGCUGGAGCUUUGGAAGAAGGAGAAAGUGGGAAGGAGAAAGAGAAGGAGAGAGAGAACAGAAAGGAAGUGGAUCAGCUGGAGUUUUGGAAGGGGAAGAAAAGGGGAAAGAGAAGGAGGAGGGAGAAAACAGAAAGGAAGCGGUUCAGCUGGAGUUUUUGGAAGUGGAAAAGGGGAAGGAGAAAGCGGAAGAGAGAAAGAAAGAAGGAAAGAAAGAAAGAGAGAAGGCUGAAAAAUAAUGUAAGGAGUUUUUGAAAGAGGAAGAAAGGGGGAAAGGAAAGAGAAAGAGGAGAUAAACAAAAAAGAACUGUGUUGUCGAAGGCUUUCAUGGCCGAGAUCACAGGGAUGUUGUAUGUCUUUCGGGCUGUGUGGCCAUGUUCCAGAAGUACUCUCUCCUGACGUUUCGCCCACAUCUAUGGCAUACCUCACAACCUCUGAGGAUGCUUGCCAUAGAUGUGGGCGAAACGUCCGGAGAGAAUACUUCUGGAACAUGGCCACACAGCCCGAAAGACAUACAACAACCCAAAAAAGAAGUGGAUCAGCUAGAGUUUGGAAAGGGAAAGAGGAAAAGAGAGAGAGAAAGAAAGAAGUAAAGAAAGAAGCAAAGAAAAAAGGAAAAGAACGGAAGUGGAUCAGCUGGAGUUUUGGAAGAGGAAAAAGGAGGGAGAAAGGGAAAGAGAAAGGAGAGAGAAAAGUAAGGCAGGGAUCAGCUGGAGUUUUGGAAGAGGAAAAAGGAGGAAGGAGAAAGGGAAAGAAAGAAGAGAGAAAAGUAAGGCAGGGAUCAGCUGGAGUUUUGGAAGAGGAAAAGGAGGAAGGAGAAAGGGAAAGAAAGAAGAGAGAAAAGUAAGGCAGGGAUCAGCUGGAGUUUUGGAAGAGGAAAAGGAGGAAGGAGAAAGGGAAAGAAAGAAGAGAGAAAAGUAAGGCAGGGAUCAGCUGGAGUUUUGGAAGAGGAAAAGGAGGAAGGAGAAAGGGAAAAAGAAAGGAGAGAGAAAAGUAAGGCAGAGAUCAGCUGGAGGUUUGGAAGAGGAAAACAGGAGGAAGGAGAAAGAGGAAAGAGAAAGGUAAGGAGUUUUUGGACGAGGAAAAGGGGGAAGGGAGAAAAGGAAGGAAAGAGAAGGAAGAGAACAGAAAGGAUCAGCUGUAGUUUGGAAAGGAGAAAAAGAAGGAGGAGAGAGAGGAAUCGGAUCAGUUGGAGUUUUGGAAGGGGGAAGGGAGGAACAGAAAGAGGGAGAGAAGGAGCCCAAGGAGAGAAGAAGCAGAAAGAAAGAACGAGAAAAUGUUGAAGCCGGUCAGCUGGAUUAUUGGUGGGUCUUGGGUCUCCUUCUCUACAAUCCGGAUCUGUUCCUGGAUCUCUGGCGAGGAUCCCGCCCCCUCUUUUCCUUCCUUCCUUCUUUCCCUCCCCUUCCUUCCCACUCAGGUGGGAGUUUUUGCGUGGAAAUUGAGCUCUUUCCUGACUUUCCCCCCCUUUCAAACUCCCUUUCGAGUUACUUUCCGCCUUCUCUGGGCCCUAUAUCCCAGGCUCUGAUCCCAGGUUUUCUCUUUAUCCCAGAUUAUCUGGCAGUGGAGACUCAUAUAAUCCACUUGAAAGUAGAAAACCUGGGAUAUAGGUCCUGUCUGUUGCUUCGACUUCAAGCUUGUGCUGGAACUUUGCGGACUUUUUUCCCCCUCCUUCUCUCCUCCUUUCCUUCACACUUGAUUGUAAAACAGGGAAGGAAAGAGGGAUAAGAAAAGGAGGGCAGAAGGAAAGAGCAGGGAAAUGAAGGGAAGAAAGAAUCAUAGGAGUUGGAAAAGACCUCCCAGUCCAAUCCCAUUCUGCCAAGAAGCAGGAAAAUGGCAUUCAAAACACCCCCGACUGUGCUUCAAAGCUUCCACCACACUCUGAGGCAGAGAGUUCCACUGCUGAACAGCCCUCACAGUGAGGAAGUUCUUCCUCAUGUUCAGGUGGAAUCUCCUUUCGUUCCUGUAGUUUGAAGUCAUUGUUUCGAGUCCUAGUUUCCAGGGCAGCACAACAAGGAAAGAAGGAAUUGAAGAAGAAGGAAAGAAAAGGGGAAAGAAGGGAGGAAAGAAAGAAAGGAGGACAGAAGGAAGGAAGGCUAGAAGAGAAGAAGGAAAGAAGGUAAGGAAGUGAGAAGGAAAGAGGAGGAAGGAAGGAAAGAAAGAAGGAAUGAAUUGAAGAAGGAAAGAGAAGGGAAAGGAAGGAAGGGAAGAGAGGAGAAAGGGAGGAAAGAAGGGAAGGAAGAAGGAAAGAAAAGGGGAAGGAAAGGAAUAAAGGAGUAAAGGAAGGAGGACAGAAGGAAGGAAGGCUAGAAGAGAAGAAGGAAAGAAGGUAAGGAAGUGAGAAGGAAAGAGGAGGAAGGAAGGAAAGAAAGAAGGAAUGAAUUGAAGAAGGAAAGAGAAGGGAAAGGAAGGAAGGGAAGAGAGGAGAAAGGGAGGAAAGAAGGGAAGGAAGAAGGAAAGAAAAGGGGAAGGAAAGGAAUAAAGGAGUAAAGGAAGGAGGACAGAAGGAAGGAAGGCUAGAAGAGAAGAAGGAAAGAAGGUAAGGAAGUGAGAAGGAAAGAGGAGGAAGGAAGGAAAGAAAGAAGGAAUGAAUUGAAGAAGGAAAGAGAAGGGAAAGGAAGGAAGGGAAGAGAGGAGAAAGGGAGGAAAGAAGGGAAGGAAGAAGGAAAGAAAAGGGGAAGGAAAGGAAUAAAGGAGUAAAGGAAGGAGGACAGAAGGAAGGAAGGCUAGAAGAGAAGAAGGAAAGAAGGUAAGGAAGUGAGAAGGAAAGAGGAGGAAGGAAGGAAAGAAAGAAGGAAUGAAUUGAAGAAGGAAAGAGAAGGGAAAGGAAGGAAGGGAAGAGAGGAGAAAGGGAGGAAAGAAGGGAAGGAAGAAGGAAAGAAAAGGGGAAGGAAAGGAAUAAAGGAGUAAAGGAAGGAGGACAGAAGGAAGGAAGGCUAGAAGAGAAGAAGGAAAGAAGGUAAGGAAGUGAGAAGGAAAGAGGAGGAAGGAAGGAAAGAAAGAAGGAAUGAAUUGAAGAAGGAAAGAGAAGGGAAAGGAAGGAAGGAAAGAGAGGAGAAAGGGAGGAAAGAAGGGAAGGAAGAAGGAAAGAAAAGGGGAAGGAAAGGAAUAAAGGAGUAAAGGAAGGAGGACAGAAGGAAGGAAGGCUAGAAGAGAAGAAGGAAAGAAGGUAAGGAAGUGAGAAGGAAAGAGGAGGAAGGAAGGAAAGAAAGAAGGAAUGAAUUGAAGAAGGAAAGCGAAGGGAAAGGAAGGAAGGGAAGAGAGGAGAAAGGGAGGAAUAAAGGAAGGAAAGAAGGGAAGAAAAGGGUAAGGAAGGGAAUAAGGGAGUAAAGGAAGGAAGACAGAAGGACGGAAAGAGAGGAGGAAGGAAAAGGAGGACAGAUGGAAGGAAAGGGGAAGAAGGAAGGGUAGAAGAGAAGAAAGAAGGCAAGGAAGUGAGAAGGAAAGGGGGGAAAGAAGGAAUGAAUUGAAGAAGAAAAGAGAAGGGAAAGGAAGGAAUGGAAGAGAGGAGAAAGGGAGGGAUAAAGGAAUGAAAGGAGGAACGAAGGGAAGGAAGAACAGAAAAGGGGAGGAAGGGGGACAGAAGGGAGGAAAGAGAGGAGAAAGGGAGGAAGGAAGGAAAGAGAGGAGGUAGGAAGGAACUGAAGAAAGAAAAACAAGGGAAAGGAAGGAAUGGAAGAAGGAAAGAGAGGGUAGAAAGAAGGGAGGAAGGAAUUGAGGAAGGAAAGAGAAGAGAGAGAAAGGAAGGGAAGAAGGAAGGAAAGGAACUGAGAAGGGAAGAGAGGGGAAAGGAAGGGAAGAAAGAAUGGAGGAAGAAAUUGAAGAUGAAAAGAAAAGAGAGAGGAAGGAAGGGAAGAAGGAAGGAAAGAAGGAAUUGAGAAGGGAAGAGAGGAAGGGAAGAAACAAGGGAGGAAGAAAUUGAAGAUGGAAAGAGAAGGGAGAGGAAGGAAGGGAUGAAGGAAAUGAGAAGGAAAGAGAGGAGAAAGGAAGGAAGGGAGGAAGGGAAGGAUGAAGGAAAGAGAAGAGAAAAGAAAGAAGGAAGGAAGGAAGGAAAGAAAAGUAAGAAAUGAAGCGAGGCGUGAGGGAGAUGAAUUUUCGGCCUUUAGGGGAGAAGAGGAGAUUGGUUUCCCGGCUGGAAUCCGAAGCGAGUUUCGGCUCCUUUUCCUUCUUUCUUUCCUUCCUUCCUUCUCCUUCUUUCUCUCUCUCUCUUCCUUCCAGCCUCUUGGCUUCUCCUCUCCUGUCUUCUCGGGGAAACCUGAAGCGGUCGUGGGUUCGAAAUAGGCGGAAAAAGGGGUUGGAGAAAGAGAGCCCCGCUGCGUGGAUAUAGCUAGCUAGCUGUGCCUACGAAUCCGGAUUAUUAAAUCGCGAUUGAGGAAGGAAUUGGGGGGGGGGGGGUUGACUUGAGCGAAUGAAGAGAGUGGGCCACCUCUUUUUAGGGGGGGGGGGAGAUACGUGUGUCUUUUGCCCCGAAUCCCUUGAAAGAAGCAGCAGCUCCCACAACUCCCAUUCCUCACGGAGAAGACCAGAAAGAAAAGGAAGGCGAGGAGACACGCAGAAGGGUCAAACAAAUCGAAUCACCAAGACGAAGGAUGCCCACGUCUGUGGCAGAUGCUGCGCCGAGUUCUUUGAACUAUCGGAUCUCCUACAACACAAAAAGAACUGUACUAAAAAUCAAUUAGUUUUAAUUGUGAAUGAAAAUCCAGUUCCUGCUUCUGAGACCUUCCCUCCUCCUAGCUCCCCUACUGAUAAUCCCAAUGAGCAGAGGAAUGACACAGUUAAUAACAUGGAUCAAGUAGACCGCAGCGACCUUUCCGAGCAUAACAACAAACUUGACAAGGAGGAAUCCAUGGACGUGGAGGCUUCCAGCGUUAGCAAGACUACUAGCGGUACUUCUCCAAAUGUCAACAAUAGUAUUGCAAGCAGUAACGGCUCCACAGCGGGUACCUCAGCUGUAACAACCUCUCUACCUCAACUAGGGGAUCUGACAACGCUGGGCAACUUCUCUAUGAUCAAUAGCAACGUCAUCAUUGAAAACCUGCAGAGCACGAAAGUGGCGGUCGCUCAGUUCUCCCAGGAAGCCCGGUGCAACGGGGCCUCGGCGAGCAAGUUGGCCGUCCCAGCCCUCAUGGAGCAGUUGCUGGCUUUGCAGCAGCAGCAGAUCCACCAGUUGCAAUUGAUUGAACAAAUUCGUCACCAAAUAUUAUUGCUGGCAUCCCAGAAUGCAGACCUGCCAGUGUCUCCGAGUCCCUCUCAGAGUACAUUACGAACAUCUGCCAACCCUUUGUCCACAUUAAGUUCCCAUUUAUCCCAGCAGCUGGCUGCAGCGGCUGGAUUGGCGCAAAGCCUAGCCAGUCAGUCUGCCAGUAUCAGUGGUGUGAAGCAACUGCCCCCUCUCCAGCUACCUCAGAGCAAUCCUGGCAACACUAUGAUUCCAUCCAGUAGUGGCUCACCUCCAAAUAUUAACCUAUCUACCACAGCAGCGGAAACACCGUCCUCCGAUAAAGUGACAACAAAUACUGGUGGCUCUCAGCUUGGCAAUCCACCAGUGACUGCAUCGUCAUCACCAGCUUUUGCAAUAAGCAGUUUGUUAAGCCCUGUAUCAAACCCUCUUCUACCUCAACCCACUCCUAGCAACUCUGUGUUCCCUAACCCUUUGUCCAACGUUGGGACGCCUGCAGAGGACUUGAGUUCCUUGGCUGCUUUGGCCCAGCAGAGAAAAAGUAAGCCACCCAACCUGACCGCCUUCGAAGCAAAAACUACUUCCGAGGAAGCGUUCUUUAAGCAUAAAUGCAGGUUCUGUGCAAAAGUGUUUGGGAGCGACAGUGCCUUGCAGAUCCAUUUACGUUCUCACACUGGGGAGAGGCCGUUCAAGUGCAACAUUUGUGGGAACAGGUUUUCCACCAAGGGGAAUUUGAAAGUCCACUUCCAGCGUCAUAAAGAAAAAUACCCUCACAUUCAAAUGAACCCGUAUCCGGUGCCGGAACAUCUGGACAACAUUCCUACAGGGACAGGUAUCCCCUAUGGGAUGUCAAUACCACCAGAAAAACCUGUAACAAGCUGGCUGGACAGCAAGCCAGUAUUGUCAACACUGACAACAUCCGUUGGUCUACCACUCCCACCCACCAUACCAAGCUUGGUCCCUUUUAUCAAAACUGAGGAGCCUCAGCCUAUUCCCAUCAGUCAUCCUUCAUCAAGUCCCCCAUGUUCUGUCAAAAGUGACUCCGGCUCCAUUGAUCCUGUUGGGAAAAACUCAAAUGGGCAUCUAACUGAGGGAGAGGUGUGUGUUCUACAGUCCUCUAACAACAAACUAGAAGAAAAUGCCCAGACACCAAGUGUCUCCACUAGUCAGAACAGUUCUGUAACCUCACCAACCACAGACUCGGGUUCAAGCAACAUGGUGACGUUCUCCAAUCCCCUAAUGCCUCUCAUGUCAGAGCAGUUUAAGGCCAAGUUUCCAUUUGGAGGACUGCUGGAUACAACACCAGGCUCUGAGACCUCAAAACUUCAGCAGCUAGUCGAAAACAUUGACAAAAAGGCAACCGAUCCCAACGAGUGUAUCAUUUGCCACCGAGUUCUGAGUUGCCAGAGUGCUUUGAAAAUGCACUACCGCACGCAUACGGGCGAGAGGCCAUUUAAAUGUAAAGUCUGUGGCCGCGCCUUCACAACGAAAGGAAAUCUAAAGACCCAUUAUAGUGUCCACCGUGCCAUGCCCCCAUUGAGAGUGCAACAUUCCUGCCCCAUCUGCCAGAAAAAGUUCACCAAUGCUGUUGUGCUCCAGCAGCACAUCAGGAUGCACAUGGGAGGCCAGAUACCCAACACGCCUGUGACGGAAAACUAUUCUGAGUCAAUGGAGUCUGAUACAGGGUCUUUUGACGAGAAGAACUUCGAUGAUCUGGAUAACUUCUCUGAUGAGAACAUGGAAGACUGUCCUGACAGUAGUGUGCCAGAUACACCGAAAUCUGUCGACGCAUCUCAGGAUAGUUUAUCUUCCUCGCCAUUGCCACCAGAAAUGUCAAGUAUAGCUGCUUUAGAAAAUCAGAUGAAGAUGAUCAAUGCAGGUCUUGCUGAACAACUUCAAGCAAGUUUAAAGUCUGUGGAGAAUGGUUCAGUGGAAGGGGACAUCAUGACGAAUGAUUCAUCAUCUGGUGGUGAUAUGGAAAGCCAAAGCGCUGGAAGUCCUGCUAUUUCGGAGUCUACCUCUUCCAUGCAGGCCUUGUCCCCAUCCAACAGCAUGACCGAUUACCACAAAUCGUUGAGCGUUGAAGAGAAACCACCAAGAACUUUAUCAAGUGACUUUACCAAUGGUUGGCCAUUGGCCCUUUCCAAUGGCGGUGCUUUGGACUUGACGUCAAACCACCCAGAGAAGAUGAUUAAGGAAGAGUCUCUGAGUAUGCUAUUUCCUUUCCGAGACAGAGGCAAACUGAAGAACACAGCCUGCGACAUAUGUGGCAAAACGUUUGCUUGUCAGAGUGCCUUGGACAUUCAUUACAGAAGUCAUACCAAAGAGAGACCAUUUAUUUGCACAGUUUGCAAUCGUGGCUUUUCCACAAAGGGUAAUUUGAAGCAGCAUAUGUUGACACAUCAGAUGCGAGAUCUACCAUCACAGCUCUUUGAACCCAGUUCGAACCUUGGCCCCAAUCAGAACUCUUCCUCGGCAAUACCCACUAUCUCACUCCCAUGUCUUAUAAAGACUGAGGUCAAUGGUUUCGUUCACGGCUCUCCUCAGGACAGCAAAGAGACGUCGCCCGGCCUGCUUGCUUCGGGGCCUUUCCCACCGUCAGCUACAUCCCCGGUCUUGCUUCCAGCUCUGCCCAGGAGAACGCCCAAACAGCACUACUGCAACGCUUGUGGGAAGACCUUUUCGUCCUCCAGCGCUUUGCAGAUCCACGAACGGACACACACAGGAGAGAAGCCUUUUGCCUGCACUAUCUGCGGAAGAGCUUUCACCACAAAAGGAAACCUUAAGGUUCACAUGGGGACGCAUAUGUGGAACAGCACACCUGCCAGGCGAGGCAGACGGCUUUCUGUGGAUGGCCCUAUGACUUUUCUUGGAAGCAACCCUGUCAAAUUUCCAGACAUGUUUCCAAAGGAUUUGGCGGUGAGGUCAGGAAAUGGAGACCCAUCUAGCUUCUGGAAUCAGUACGCAGCUGCGCUCUCCAACGGGUUGGCAAUGAAGACCAACGAGAUCUCGGUCAUUCAGAACGGUGGCAUCCCUCCAAUGCCUGGGAGCCUGGGCAAUGGCAGCAGUUCCCCCAUUAGCGGCUUGACGGGCAGCAUGGAGAAGCUCCCCAGUUCCGAACCUAAUGCGCCUCUAGCUGGUCUGGAGAAAAUGGCAAGCAGCGAGAACGGGACUCAUUUCCGUUUCACGCGCUUUGUAGAAGACGGCAAAGAGAUUGUAACAAAUUAGGACAAACGUUAUGGACGUUCCUGCAGAUAUUGCAACCUAAGGUUGUGUGGUGUUUUGUUUUGUUGGUUCUUUUUUUUUAGUUUUUUUUGGCAAAUUGACAAAACAACGACAUUAAAAAGACAUUCUUUUGUACCCUGUUUGACACCUAGAGACAGCUUAUUUAUUAGUGAUAUAAUUUCCUCCCUCUCCCUUUCUUUUUCUUUUUUUGUUUUGCAAACACAUUCAAGCAUUAACUUUGGUCUUCUGUAUUUUGGACUAAAUACUAAUUGACUAGAGUGCUGUAACAUUUAUGGCAACGAGAGUCUGUUCGGUUAGGUGGUCUCGUUCUGGCAUUUAACUUAUUUUCUAUAUCCAGCUUAACGUAAACUUUGGGUGGUGAUACAAUGCCUCCAUUUUUUCGCUCUCUCUCCCUCUCAUAACGAAAGUCUGUAUAUGUGUAUACUUCAAUCCCAAGGAGAAAAAAAAUAUUGGCAAAGUAUGUUGUUUAAUUCUCCAAACAGAUUUGCGCAGAGGAUUGGAAACGGACCAUAUAAAAUUGAACCAUAUGCAUCCUUCACAACAGACUCCGUUGUUCUUUUCUUGUUUUGUUCUGUUCUCAUCUCUAUUCUUAAAAAAACAAAUGGAACGGCUUUCAUUUGGGGGACGGGUAGACUUUAACCUUCUCUUCUCUCCUUUUGGGAUUGUCCUUUGUAUUGUGCUUUUUACUGGAGUUGUCUUAGAUGUUUAAUAAGUUUCUGUACAGUAAAUAAGCACGCGGAUGAAUAGAGGAGAUCCAAAAGUGUUGUUCCAGUAGUUUGAAAACUUUUUGCCUUGUAGGUAUAUUCGCUAUAGGGGGAAAAAAAUAAAACACAAGUGCUGGACUUUGUGCUGCUAUAAAAGGCAUCUUGAACAAACUUCCAUGGACAAAUUUAGAUGCUCUUGUACAUAUGAUGAGAAAUACCGAGUUCAUUAAAAUGUACAUAUGUUCUCAAUGAGCUCAAACCAACUUCUUGACCAAGAUCAAGUAUAGUGUUUGUUUAUUUUGUAUUAGGUAUGGGGAGGCGGGGGGAGAGAACACUUUGGACUGUUAUAUGCACUUUCUUGGAAAGCUGAAAGGAAAUAGGUCAAGUUUCUUUUAACGUUUAAUACUUACUAACAGCAGAGAUACUGUAAUUUUACGCCAGUUAUCAAAUACACUUUUUUCAACAGA